AUGAAGCUGGCCGUCACCCUCGCCCUGGCCACCCUGGCUCUCUGCGGCCCUGGCCCGGCAUUCGCCUCGCAGGCAGACCCUGCCAGGGAGCUGCCAUCUUGGGAUAGUGUUGCUGAUUCGGCAGAGAGCUGCUUGGACUUCAUCAUGAAAACCUUCUUCGUGAGCUUGUUUUCCAGUCACGAGGUCUCGAUGGAACUUUUCAGCCCUGAUGCGGACAUGAGAGAUAUGGCGAGCAAGAUAAAGGGGCUGGUGGACACCCUUCCCCAGCAGGACCAGGACAGCAUCAGGAGGGGCAUGGACAAAAUAUUAAAAAAGCCCACGGUGUGCUUAGGAUUUAGAAGCUGA